AUGCAAAAGGAAUGGCUGAAACAAGUUUAUUUACAGAUAGCCAUCUUUUUCUCCUUAGAAACUGUGCCAAUGCUUGGAUUUAUGGGUAUUUUAGCGUCCGGGAAUGAGCAUUUAGCUGUUCUGAACUUCUGGUUGAUCUUGCUCUCUUGUUUCCAGGGAACUGCUUCAGCGAUAGCCUAUUUGAAUUGCUCUGUCUACAAGAGACAUCUUUCUUCACUCAUUCAGGAGACUUUUUUCGUGAAAAAAAAAAGCUCCUCAUCGAUCAGUCUCAGUUUCAUUCGACGACAAAGCGGUCAAACGAAUCCCUCAGUAACAUUGGUGCUUUGGUCCCUCGGUCGAGCCUCGAUACAACAAGUGUUAGCCUACAUUCCAAUACAGAUAUUCGGUGCCUUUGUUGGGACGGCUACGGCUUAUCUUGACUAUUUGGAAACACUCAAUUUCUAUGAUGGAGGUCGACGACAAAUCGAUGGCCCGAAUGGAACGCUGUGCUUCUUCGUCACUUGUAUCGCACCGUAUUCGACAAAACUGAGCGCUUUAUUUGAUCAGAUCGUUGGCACAGCUAUUCUCUGUAUGACGAUGGCGGCGAUGCUCGAUCCAAAGAAUGGAGUGCCGAAAUUUUUGCAUCCACUCUUUGGAGGACUAACGGUGCUCACAAUCGGACUUGCGUUCGCUCAAAACGACGCUUAUCCAAUUCACGCAGCAAGAGAUCUCGGCGCUCGUUUGUUCAUGUUCAUCAUUUAUGGGAAAGGAGUUUGGACAAAAGACGAUUAUUACUGGUGGGUGCCAAUCCUUGGGCCGUUGAUUGGUGGAUUUGUCGGCGCUUGGCUUUACGUGUUGUUCAUCGAUUUUCACGCGUGGUCGAAUCGAGAAGAGGAUGAGGUUGAGCUC